CAUGGACUAUAUGAUAUGCGAAAUGAACUUCUUCGCAACUUAUUGAAGGAUGAAAAUGUAAGGAUCAGCACUCCAUCUAUAGGAUCGGCUUUAAUCAAAAAGAGGCUCUCUCGUGCAAAAGUUCUUGUUGUGCUUGAUGAUGUGAAUGAUGUAAGUCAACUAGAUUUUUUGGUUGGUAAACAAAUUCAAUUUGGAUCAGGAAGUAGAAUCAUUAUCACAACCAGAGAUAUGCAUCAACUUAGAGAGAUGCAACGACUGCAGAAAGGAGCAGACCAUGAUGUUAUAAUAUACGAGGCAAAGGAGCUAAAUCAUCAGGAAGCACUCCAGCUCUUCGACUUGAAUAAUUCCAAGGAAAUCAGGUACGGAGCAGAAUAUACCGAGUUGGUGAGAAUGGUGGUGCACUAUGCUGGGGGAGUUCCCUUGGCCCUUAAAAUCUGGGGUUCCUUGUUUCGUCGAUGCAAGAGUACACAAGAACGAGGAAGUUUCUUGAGAAAGUUGAAAAGGUUUCCUGAAAAGAAACUUCAAAAUGUGUAUAGGCUAAGCUAUGAUGCAUUAGGAGAAAAUGAGAGGAAGAUAUUUCUUUAUAUCGCAUGUUUUCACAAAGGACAUGAAAUAUGCAGUGCAAUAGAACAAUUAGAUGCAUGCGAUUUAUUUGCGGAGACUGGAAUCAACAUUCUCGUAGAUAUGUCCCUCAUAUCCAUCAAAGACAAAGAGUGGACUGUCCUGGAAGAAAGAACUCGUUACCUGUGGAUGCAUGAUGUGGUACAAGAAAUGGGUUGGGAAAUUGAGCGUGAACAAUAUCCUGCAAAGCCUGGAAAGCGCAGUAGGCUGUGUACUGUGGAGGACAUAUGUCAUGUGUUGGAAAAGAACAAGGGGACCGAAAAGGUUCAGAGCAUAUCCCUGAACCUCUCUAUGAUUACAAAGCUAAAGUUGACUCCUCAAGCCUUCAAAAAGAUGUGUAAUCUAAAAUUUCUAAAGUUAUACGGUGAAGAUCGCACGGGCCACUGCUAUUACCCUUCGAAGGACUGCAAUGUGCACUCUAAUCUUCACGAUCUUGAAUAUCUUCCUGAUUCCCUUGUAUAUCUCAGCUGGCCUGAAUAUACUUUGAAAUAUUUGCCAUCAACAUUUUCUGCUGAAAAUCUUACGGACCUUUCUAUGCCUGGUAGCCAACUCCAGAGACUUUGGGGUGAAGGCCAGAAGCCUAGGAACUUAAAACGCAUCGAUCUCAGCCAUUCUGAGCAGCUGGUUGAAGUUCCAGAUCUCUCUAUGAGUAUAAACAUUGAGAGGAUAAACCUUGAAGGAUGUAAUGGGUUGGUUGAAGUUCCUUCCUAUUUUGAAAAUCUUCACAAGCUUACUUCGUUGAAUGUGAGAAGUUGCACGAAUCUUAGUGUCCUCUCAGAUGUCCCAUGCAAUAUGGUUACGUUGGAAUUAGGUGGGACUGCAAUAGAAGACUUGCCUUCCUCAAUUUGGUCCCAUGAAAAACUUGUUAGGUUGAAUCUUGAUGGGUGCGAGGGCAUUAAGAAUCUUCCAAACAGCAUUUGGAAGAUGUAUUCCCUCACAUCUCUUGUGUUGUGUGGGACAAGUAUAGAAGCAUUGCCCUCGUCAAUCGAGUGUCUCUUGGGAUUAAAAACUAUUGACCUGCAAAGUUGCGAAAGGUUUGUCAGUCUCCCAACCAGCAUUUGUAAAUUGAAAUCUCUUAAGAUCCUUUAUCUUAUUGGAUGCUCUAGCUUCGAAAACUUCCCUGGGAUCUUGGAGCCUAUGGAAAUGCUGGAGAAUCUUAGUUUAGGAGAAACCAAAUUUAAAGACCUACCCUCUUUGAUAGAAAACGUAGUUGGGCGGAAUGAAUUAGUGUUACCUGGGUGUAGAAGCUUUGAGUCUUUCCCAAACAGCACCUUGCCUCCCUCGUCGGUCAUUUUAUGGUCUUCGAUGAGUGAACUAGACCUCAGUGACUGCACAAUGUUAGAAGAAAUCCCUGAUUGCAUUUUUAGCCUAAACAUGUUAUCUCGAUUAGAUGUGAGUGGCACCAUGAUUAAGAGCAUACCUUCAACCAUCAAUCAAGCAUCACAUCUGAGGAGAUUAUAUCUACAGGCAUGCAAGCGCCUUGAAUCUUUACCCAAGCUCCCAUAUCUUCUGGAAUUUAUAGAUGCAAGUGGCUGCACGAGAUUGAAAACAGUGUCUGGGUUGACAACUGCGCUCACAGAAGGUUCGGAUAAAAGAGGUUCUUACCAGUUGCAUAUAUUUUGUAACUGCGAAAGUUUGGAUGAGAAUGCGAGGAGGAACAUAAUGGAUGAAGCACAACUUAGAAACAAGGCAACAGCUUAUUAUCCAAGAUUUGAGUACGAGGUUAGAUGUUCGGGAAAUAAAAUCCCAAACUGGGUGAGCUAUCAAAUGGAGGGAUCUUCCAUAGAUAUCACGCUUCCUCUACAUUGGUCUGAAGAUGCAAACCUUUUGGGUCUUGUUUUCUGUGUUGUUGUCGACUUCCGUAAAGCAAUGGACGCGGAAUGCGCGGGUGAAUCUAUUUUCAAAAGCGAAAAUGGUGAAAGUCAUACUUAUGAGUUUAGCAAUGAAAAGAGCUAUUGGAUCAAUUGUGAUGACGACAACUCAGAUCAUCUGGUAGUGGCGUGGUACGAUUCCCUUCAGAAGGUGAGAUGCACUCCUUAUACCAAUGCCACUGAAGCCUCUUUUCAUUUCUAUGUACGCGCAGACAGUAGACUCCAGGAAGAGGAGCUCAAGUAUAGGGUGAUGAUGGUUUUUAGAAGUGGCUAUGAUACCACUCUUAGAAAUUGUUAUGUGCGGAAACUUUUAGUGGUGAUGGGCUAGAACAAAGUGUUUAGGACUUUGUAUGUAAGAGCUAGACUUGGGAGAAGGAUGUUAUUAGGACAGGGUUAUUAUGACAACUAGUUUAGGAGGAUAGAGGAGAUGUUAACAGAGGAGGACUACUUCAAUUGAAUGCUUGCUUCAUUCAUUCAUACGUUUGUUACAUU